GAGUUAUGGCUGUGGGCGGUUUCUCUCGCACUGUUGGGAAUCGGCGUCGCCGGACGGUCCGUCACACGGAUUGGCGUGGUGGAUAGCAUGUCGGACUAUCAAUCUAAGUACGCACUACGGCUGAUAAGUACCCGACCGGACGUUGCUGAAGUAUUGGUCACGUGGGUCGACGUGGAUAUAAAUGAGCCCUUCCAGGUUCAUCAAAAAGUUUCAGGUUUCCGUAACACCAGCUUGGACAUGUUACUAGUCUGUCGGCAAGGGCUUGGUAUUUGGGCCGCCAUGGCUUCUAACCAGCCAUCUAGCGUGAUAGCCGUCUACUCACCGGAAACAUUAUCCAUGAGAUCCAGAAGUGAUCAAGCACUUCAAACGUCUUCCACCAUAAUUUAUCAUGACAACAAACUUGGAAUAGAUGUCAAUCGUCCAAAGGUGACGUCACAACUGUACACGUCAGCGACACUGGAAACAAUACGUAACAUCACCCAGAGCCUGCAGUGGAAGUCUGUGGCCAUCAUCUAUGACGUAGAGGCUGAGUCGAUGGUAGAUGAGCUGAUUAUGUCACUGAACAGACAAGGUAUAUUUGUGAUGUCCUACCCAGAACAUGAAAUCCACAUGGUGCAAUCAAACAACCGCACAUUGCUUGACGAUAUUUACGAAAGUUUUGACGAAAAAGGGGUCAAUAUCACUGUCAUCUGUCAAGUCCGGUGUGUCCAGCGUGUCCUAAACAGGGCGAAUUUAUUUGAUCACAUGCGGAUCCACAAGCACCAGACUGCAAUGCGACAAAGGUCAAGGUGGUUUAUCAUCACAAGCUCUUCUGACCUUGACCAAGACGUUGGAGCUUACAGUUAUGACCUUGACAAUGUGGCUGUAUUCAAUCUCCAUCGCUGUGCUGUAAAAUUAAAUAACCAAGAUACGAAGAUGCCCUCCCUCCUCGACAAGGAUGGCCUGCAUUUAAUUCCCUCUGCUAAAAUAGUUGUCUCCACAAACGGGGCCAACGUUACUCUACCCGAACAAUCGUUCGACAAAGUAUUAGAGGAGUUUGUAGAGGAAGUGAACUCCGUCCCACUUUGUACGCAAUGUUCCCUCUACACUCUCAUGUGGCUUCCAAUUGGUUGGUAA